AACUGAGUGCUUUCGAUUUCUUAAUAAAAAUUCGAUUUUGUUCUGACGAUUAAGAAAGCGAAAGUGAUGGCCGCCGUAAAUGGGUAUCAGGGAAAUACUCCGGCAGAUCCUCCGGCGUCUAAUGGAUCUAAACAACCUGCCGCUCCGACCAAGACUGUUGACAGCCAAUCUGUUCUCAAAAGGCUGCAAUCUGAAUUGAUGGGCUUGAUGAUGGGCGGUGGUCCAGGAAUAUCGGCUUUCCCUGAGGAAGACAACAUAUUCUGCUGGAAAGGGACAAUAACAGGAAGCAAAGAUACUGUGUUUGAAGGAACUGAGUACAGACUCUCACUCUCUUUUUCCAAUGAUUAUCCUUUCAAACCUCCAAAGGUUAAGUUUGAGACAUGUUGCUUCCACCCCAAUGUUGAUGUCUAUGGCAAUAUCUGCUUAGACAUUCUUCAGGAUAAGUGGUCAUCUGCUUACGAUGUCAGGACAAUACUACUAUCGAUUCAGAGCCUCCUGGGAGAACCGAACAUCAGUUCACCAUUGAACACUCAAGCAGCUCAGCUUUGGAGUAACCAAGAAGAGUACAGGAAGAUGGUUGAGAAGCUCUACAAGCCUCCCAGUGCAUGAUUCUGAAAGCUGUUCUGAUUCAUAAAUCUCCAAUGCCUCUGAUGAUUUCACAUACAACGAUUUUUCAGAAGAAAACACUGUCAUUCAU